CUGUCAGUAUGGCUAACAGUUCGGGUUUGGCAGCCUUCAGCUUGAAGGUAUGGGAGCCGGUGGUGGCCAAGUCCCGGCGGGCGGUGGUGUUCAUGGACGAUGCGUGUGCGGAGAUCCUGCACUGGUGCGGCGGCGCGGAGCUUUUCCUGGCGGCCGGGGCGCUCAACGUCAAGGAGUUCUCCAGCUUUGAGUCCGGAGCCUCCAACCAGCCCAAAGCCGUGUUUGUGGUGAGCAGCCCCCUGCGGGGCCGGGCCCUGGAUGUUAUACGGGAUGUGGUGAGCCAGAGCUCCUUCCAGUACUGCAUUGUGGUGACUGCAGUGAGCCCCGGGGAGGCCGAGACCCGGCCAGUGCAGGAACAGAUGCAGGAGAAGCUGUGUCAGUGGAUGGGUAACAUGGGCUACACCGCUGAGGUACUGUGGGCUCCUCUGCUGCUGGCCCCGAUCAGCCCUCAUCUCCUCCUGGCACCGGCUUUUCAUGCCCUCUUCCCCUUCCUGCCAGAUCAAGACCUGCAAGCCCUGAACCGCAGCCGGCCUGACAAGAAGAGGUUCCCAGCCCUGGCGGACGUGGACUUCCCUUCCCUGCCCUCGGAGCUUCAGACGCAGAUUAGGAGCCUGGUGUCUGAACUCAACCAGGUGAUGGAGGGCAUCGGGGUCAGAGAGGAAUGUUUUUCAGUGGGUCACCUCAGCAGGAUCAUUGCUGGAGAAUUGGCCAACUACCCUCAGGCCAAGCACCGAAGGAAGCAGGCACAGAACAAGGCAUCACUGGUCUUCGUAGACAGGACUCUGGAUGUGACGGGGAUUGUUGGACAUCAUGGAGACAGCCUGGUGGAGAAGAUCUUGUCUGUUCUGCCCUGUAUUCCUGGACACACAGGUGAUGUGAUGAUCAACAUGGAUGAACUCACAGACCUGCGUAUUGAUGGUGAAAAUGAGGGGAUUAUUGCUCCUGGAUGCUUGUCACAGCCACAUGAGCCUGCUGCCAAGGCAUUGUGGGAGUCCAUGAUGGGCAUGAAACAGAAGGAAGCAGUGAUGGAAUUGCGAAGGUGUCUUGUAGACACAGCCAGCAGAGAGAAACUGCCAAUUAAGAUGAGCAUGGGUAGAGUCACACCUGAGCAGAUUCGAUCCUAUAUCAUGUUGUUUAAAGAAAACCGAGAAGCUCUGGAAAACCACUGUGGCCUACUCCAGCUAGCCUGCGCCACAGUCCAGACACUGAAAAAUCCACAGUAUGCCAAGUGGGACAACUUCCUUGCAUAUGAAAGAGCUAUCUUACAGAAUAUUGGGAAAUCGGAACUACCUGCAGUCCUCAAUCAAUUAUACCCUAUGAUUAAAUCUUAUAAUGAAAGAAAUGCUGAUGACUAUGAUAUAGAAGACAUUCUUCUCCUUUUGGUCUAUAUCUACUCUGUGACUGGAGAAUUCCAGCAGAAUAAUGAGUUGCAAGUCAUGGAAGGGGAAGUAAGGAAAGUUCUCAUACAGUGCUUAUGUGAUGAGCCCAAGCUGAGCCCUCUGCUACAGAAUAUAACAGAUUUUCCCUGCAGCGUUAAUCUGACACUGGAUAAGGCCACAGCUGCAGUGGAUAAAAUCUUUGCUUCCUUGCGGGAUCUCACAAAGGUUCGAGCACACCUGAAAUUGUUCAAUUCUGUUUAUGUGCCUGGGAGCAAUAUCCAGCAGGCCUCCUACAAGCCGCUGCUGAGACAGAUCAUUGAAGAGAUCUUCCAUCCUGAUCGUGCUGAGCCCCUGGACAUUGAACACAUUUCCUCUGGUCUCACCGACCUCCUGAAGACAGGAUUCAGCAUGUUCAUGAAGGUCAGCCGUCCACAUCCAGGGGACUCCCCUCUACUUAUCCUGUUUGUCAUUGGUGGAGUAUCUGUCUCAGAAGUCCGAAUGGUGAAAGACCUUGUAUCAACUCUCAAGCCUGGUGUCCAGGUGGUGGUGUUGUCCACAAGACUUCUGAAGCCUUCUGACAUUCCUGAACUGCUGUUUGCAGCAGACCGUCUACAUCCAGACACCGGCAUCUGAUUGUCUUAUUUUCUUUCAUCAGAUGAGUGAUGGUCCCGGGUUAAAAUCACACGAGUUUCUCUCUGAUUGUCUAAUGCCUAAAACACGUUCCAGAGCGCCAAAGAUUUCAAAAUGAUUUUGUUUAUUUGUAUUCCCUAAAAAUGUAUAUUUGUUCAGGAAAUUGCUGGGAGGAGAAAUGGUCUGCAAAUGUGCCUUGUUAGCAUCCCGUUCUUUGUUAUCUCUGUCAUCUGUGCACGUGUUUUAUUAUAGAUAUUAUAUGAAUUUUGUCUGACCCCUCCUGCAGUUGGGCAGUAGGUCAUCUACAUAUAAUCUAUGUUUGGCUUCAGACAAAUAAAAACUCGGACAACAGACAUCCUUUAGCCUGAUAGUCUAUUGUUCCACUGAGACAAGAAUGGCAUUCAUAAAAGUAGCCACAGAUAUUAGAUGAAUGUCAGAUAUCAUUGGACUGGGGGCCACUGGUUGUGUCUGCAGCUGUCCGAACAGACAUCCUCCAGGAAGUCAUUCAUUUUCAUGACAAAUUUGUAAUGUUCAUGUAAUUAGGCCAUGAUACGAUAAUGCCGGAGUAAAGUGUGACUGCUCAAUGUAUAGACAUUCAUGUUC